CACUCCGCCCUCCUAUUCAGUUGGUGUCCGACCGUCGACCGGGUCGCAUCUCUUCGUGCGUGUCCCCCCACUUCGUGUUCUCCUCCCUCCUUUUUCGACCAUUUUUUUUUCUUUUUUUUUCUUUUUUUUUUUUUUCCUUUUUUAAGUUUAUUUUUCGGUUUUUGUUGAACAUCUUUUUUCAACCCUUUUUGUUAUUCAUUUAACUCUGGCAAAUCAAACACGAAUUUGGGCGAUCGACAAUUUAUCACGUGUGUUGGUUCCAAGUGUGUGUGCGAGUGAAGUGAGUGUGUGCUGCUACACAGCAUCUUGUUUUUUCUUCAUUUGAUUAUCGACAAAAGAGAAGCGAAUCUAAAAUAAGAUUCGAUUUCGUCUCACUAAAUUGACCCCAACACCAAUCAAGUCGAUGGACUUGAUCGUCGUUCAGAGGGAGCUCGACUCUUCACCGCCAUCCAGGAAACGACGACAACAACGGCAAUGAAUUCCAUCGGCGGCGGGUGAAUCUGUCCGUUCUCGGGGUGGGGCUGGCCCAGCUUAAGAGCGCACCUGUACGAGUUUUAAGCCGUUUGCAAGGAUUGAGAGCAGGUGUUUUGUUUGUUGUUGGAGAGAGAGAGAGAAAAGAGAGAAGAGGAAGAAGAAGAAGCAGUUGGGGUUGUAUUCGUUAAUUUGAAGAAACCCACAAAAGGUCCAGCUCGGGUUGAGCUCCCACCCCAACAACAGCGCGGACUCUCUUUUUUCUUCACAACUACUUGACGGACACAAAACAGAAACCCUUGAAAUUUUUGAAAAAAUAAGUGCGUGAAAUAAUUAAAAAACACUUUUCAUUGCUGUGUGAUCUCGCGAUGAUGGAAGCUCCGGCCGUUCCGGGUGCCAAUCCGCAUCAUUCGAUGGAUAUUCUCGAUGAGAUUUUCGGCAGUGAAUGGUCGGCUGGCCAACAACAGGCAGCCGACAGUCAACAACAACAACAACGAUUAUUAGUUGGUGGUGUCGAUACACGGACCGAAUUGGUGGUGCGCCGUAAAGGUGGUGGUGGUGGUGAAUCAGGAGGUCAACCUCCUCCCGGUGUGCCUCCGCCUCUCCAAUCGAUCCACCAACACCACCACCAGCAACAACAACAACAACAUCCGCCAACGUGCCUGACUCCCGGCCCGACGUUGAGCCAACAUUCGACGACGGUCGAGUCUUGUUUCUCACCGGCCGCUCCCAGCAGCCAAGAGACGAGCAGCGUCGUCGACGACAACGACAACGAAGCCCAAGACAUUAGCGAGCACGAACACAACAACCACAACAACCUCCAAAGCAAAGCCGGAUCCGAUUUUGCCGCCGAUACAACAACACCGCCGCCCAGAAGAAAUAGUAACAAUUCCAUCAGAGCGCAAAUUGAGAUCAUCCCGUGCAAGGUGUGCGGCGACAAGAGUUCGGGCGUCCAUUAUGGAGUCAUCACCUGCGAGGGCUGCAAGGGUUUCUUCCGGCGGUCGCAAAGUUCCGUCGUCAACUACCAAUGCCCGAGACAAAAGAAUUGCGUCGUCGAUCGCGUCAACCGCAACCGAUGCCAAUACUGCCGCCUACAGAAAUGCCUGGCACUCGGCAUGUCCAGAGAUGCGGUGAAAUUCGGUCGGAUGUCGAAGAAGCAGCGGGAAAAGGUGGAGGAUGAGGUGCGUUACCAUCGGGCGCAAAUGAAAGCCCAGCAAGCGGAAACGUCGCCCGAUAGUAGCGUCUUUGACAACCAACAGCCGUCGUCGUCUGACCAACUGGCGCCCUACACCGGCGGGUAUUCCAGUUAUGGUGGUGACAUGAGCCCCUACACGCCGUCCGGUUACGGAUUCACGCCGACGCCACACACGAAUCAAGGCAACGUGCCCGGUGGCGGAAGCGGCGGCGGAGGUGCCGGCGGAGGAAACGGCGGAGGAAGCAGCAUGAGUAGUGGAGGUUACGAUAUUAGCGGCACGACGGAUUAUGUGGAUAGCACAACCUUCGACCCUCGACAGACGCCCAUCGAACCGUUGCCGGACAGCAAUUUGGUUUCGCCUGUCGUUUCCACCGGCUCUUCCGCAAAAAUGAUGAUGCCCGACUAUCCGGGCGGAGUGACGCACUUUCUGGCCAAGAAUCCACGGCCUGGUCCCGAUCCCGGUGGAGGUCGCAACGGUGGUGCUAGCAACAGCGGACCUUCGGUCGUCCUCAGUGGUGGUGGUGGUGUUGGUGGUGGUUGUAACACUAGUCUCGGUCAAGUUCAUCUGAACGACCGGUCAUCAUCUGCUGCUUGUCAACAACAACACCAAACUUCUUACCCAAGGCCUCCUCCUCUUCCUCCUUCUGCUACUGGCGCACUGAUGGUGACGGCUGGGAGCAGUAACAAUGGCAGCAAGGUUGCGACCACUUCGACGCCUGACGUCGAUGACGAAGAGUACUUUGAACCGAAUCCCGUUCAGAUCUCAGAACUGUUGGCCAAGACCAUCGGCGACGCUCACAGCCGGACGUGUCUCUUCAGCGGGGAGCACAUCGCCGACAUGUUGCGCAAACCGCAGGAUAUUUCUAAAGUGCAUUAUUACAAAAACAUGGCACAAGAGGAGCUCUGGUUAGAGUGCGCCCAAAGAUUGACGGCUGUUAUUCAGCAAAUUAUCGAAUUUGCCAAAAUGGUUCCCGGAUUCAUGAAACUUUCUCAGGAUGAUCAGAUUGUUCUUCUGAAAACAGGGAGCUUUGAGCUGGCCGUUUUGCGGAUGAGUCGCUACUACGACCUGAGCCAGAACGCGGUGCUGUUCGGCGACACGCUCCUGCCGGUCGAGGCUUUUCUAACGCCGGAUUCAGUUGAGGCCAAAUUGGUUUCGGCUGUUUUUGAAUUUGCCAAAAGCCUGGCCGAACUGAAGCUCAGUGAGAUCCAGUUGGCGCUCUACUCCGCCUUCGUCCUCCUCUCAAGUGAUCGAAUGGGACUAAGGGGUACACUGGAAAUCCAGCGGCUUGGCCAAGCCGUUUUACGGGCGUUGCGUCUCGAACUCUCUCGUACGCAUCGAACUCCUUUGAAAGGCGACAUCUCCGUGGCCGAUUCCCUGGCCGCCAGACUUCCGGCCCUUAGGGAAAUCUCCGGACUUCACAUGGAGGCGUUGGCCAGGUUCAAACGAGCCACGCCUCAUCUGGAAUUCCCAGCCCUGCACAAGGAACUUUUUUCCGUGGAUAGUUAGACCUCAAAGAGUUCAGUGGACGAGCGGGAAUGUCGACCACGCACGUCAACACUGAACACCCCACACACACACACACACACAAAAGAAACUUAGAGAUAACACAUGGAAAGAAGAAGAAGACAUUUUUAAGGCAUGGGAAAAUGAGGAAUUAAAAAAAAAUCAGUGAAACCACCGGAUUCUUCUCUUUUUAUAUCUUUUAUAUAUCAUGUUUUCAUUUUAUUUGUCUGUUUACAAAUUUCCAAUGUGUGUGUGUGUGUGUGUGUGUGUGUAAAUGCCGACAUACCGCCGUUUUAGAGCCCAUUUUUCAGUUUCCAUUGGCAAAUUUCAACCUAAAAAACUUUAAAAAGAAAAAUUAUUUGAUUUAAUCGGACAACAGACAGA